AUGGCGAGUUUACCAGGUAUCAAUGAUGUUAGCCAGCCGUUAGUUUCUGCGGGGGGUGAUGAUGAGCUUCACAGAUUGGUAAUCAAACAAGGUUCAGAGUGGAAAGUAGAGGUCUCUUCCGAUUCAAGAUUGAAUGUAAAAGUCAAAUCAGGAAUUGCAGAGAUAUUUGGAACUGAAUUGGCCACUGGCACAGAAUACACUUUUAAAAAUUAUCAAUUCAGCAUAUUUGCAGUGGAAGAUGUCGAACUAGAGUGGAGAUGUCCCCAACUCGAUUCUGAAUCACUAUCAAUAACAGCUAAUACUACUGCAAAAUACAUCUAUAACCUACAUUUUGCUUUAGAAAAAAUGAGAAGUUCUAGUUUUGAAGGUCCGAGAGUGUUAGUCAUCGGCGACAAGAAUUGUGGAAGAACAACUCUCUGUAGAAUUCUGUGUUCAUACGCCAUCAAAAACAAGUCCUAUCAACCGAUGUACGUAAAUCUCGAUCCACAACAGGCAGUGUUUUCUCCGCCGGGGUGUCUGACGGCAACUCCCAUAUCUGAUAUUUUGGACGUGGAGUGUAGUACUUGGGGUCAAAGUAUGACUAGUGGUGCGACUCCACUUCAUAGCAAGCAGCCAUUGGUGAAGAAUUUUGGAUUAGAAAGAAUCGCUCAGAAUAAAGAAUUAUAUCUUGAUGUGGUGGAGCAGUUAGCUCAAGGAACGAACGAUAGGAUAUUAAAUGACUCACUGGUACGUCGAUCAGGAGCUCUCAUAGACAUACCGCCACUUUCAGAAUUGGACGAAGACUUUAAUGAUCUAGAAUUUUUUGCAAAAAAGUGUAAAGCCAAUGUCGUGGUUAUGUUAGGCAUAACAGAUAACUCAACUGCCGAAAAAAUCGCUAAUAAGCUUUCUCCAUUAACUGGUAGCCACAUAGUAAGUCUACCAGAGCUCAGCGGAUGUUUGCAGGCUGAAGAUACAUAUAGCAGAUCGCUCCAAAGAAUAGCGAUACGGGAAUACUUUUACGGGACGCCUAAAACGGUAUUAAGUCCCUACGCCAUUGGAGUCGAUUUCGGGGAUAUUAUGGUUUAUAGGCCCAGAAAUUUGCUGGAAGAUACAGAGGAUCAGACGAAUGAGUUUCUACCAGUAACGGUAACCGCCAACAACCUUCAGCAUGCACUAGUUGCCAUCACCUACGCCGACAAAAAAGCUACCCCUCAGAUAGUACAGAAAGCUCCUUUGUUGGGAUUCGGUCUUAUCACUGAAGUCAAUGAGAAGAGAAAUAAGCUGCGAAUCUUAUUACCAGUUCCUGGAGCCUUACCGAAUAAAGCAAUGGUUUUGACAUCUUACCGGUACUUGGAGUGA